AUGAUGACCGUCAGGAAGUCGUACUCUGUCUCUGGUGGCAGCACCAAGAAGUCUCUGGCCGGCCCAGUGGGCAGCUACUCCGUCAAGAGCAGGACGAGCUACGGUGUUGGCUCCGGCUUCAGUGGAGGCUCCAGCUACGGCUCCGGCUCCAGUUUUAGCAUGUCUUCCAGCGCUGGUGGAUUUGGCAAUGCAGGAGGCGCCUUUGUUGGACCCCAAAUUACUGCUGUCCAAGUGAACCAGAGCCUCCUGGCCCCUCUGAACCUGAGUAUUGACCCCCACAUCCAGACCGUCAGGACCCAGGAGAAAGACCAGAUCAAGUCUUUGAACAACCGUUUUGCAUCCUUCAUUGACAAGGUGCGUUUCCUGGAGCAGCAGAACAAAAUGCUGGAGACCAAAUGGAAGCUUCUUCAGGAGCAGACCACCCCCCACUCCAACAUUGACUCCAUGUUUGAGGCCUAUACUGCCAACCUGCGCAUGCAGCUGGAUGGCUUGGGCAACGAGAGGGCCAAGCUGGACGGAGAGCUGAGGAACACGCAAGUCAUCGUGGAGGACUUCAAGAGGAAGUAUGAAGAUGAGAUCAACAAACGUGCCGGAGCAGAGAAUGAGUUUGUGCUGAUGAAGAAGGAGGUGGAUGCUGCUUUCCUCUACAAGGUGGAGCUGGAAGCCAAGGCUGAUGCUCUUCAGGAUGAAAUCAACUUCCUCAGGGCUGUCUACGAGGCUGAGCUUCGUGAGCUUCAGGCACAGAUCAAAGACGUAUCUGCUGUUGUGGAGAUGGACAACAGCCGCAACCUGGACAUGGACUCCAUCGUCGCUGAAGUGCGUGCUCAGUAUGAGGACAUCGCCAACCGCAGCAAGGCCGAGGCAGAGACCUGGUACAAGCAGAAGUUUGAGGAGAUGCAGUCCUCUGCUGGUCAGUAUGGCGAGGACCUUCGCACCACCAAGAUUGAGAUUGCUGAGCUCAACCGCAUGAUCGCCCGCCUCACCAAUGAGAUUGAAGCCAUCAAAGGACAGAGGGCAGGACUUGAGGCUCAGAUCGCUGAGGCUGAGGAGCGUGGGGAGCUGGCCGUGAGGGACGCCAAGCUGCGCAUCAAGGACCUUGAAGACGCUCUGCAGAGAGCCAAGCAGGACAUGGCCCGCCAGGUCCGGGAAUACCAGGAGCUGAUGAACGUCAAGCUCGCUCUGGACAUUGAAAUCGCCACCUACAGGAAGCUGCUGGAAGGAGAGGAGACCAGACUGGCAAGUGGAGGGGCCAACGCCACCGUCCGUGUGCAGCAGUCGUCUGGAAGAGGUGGAUCAUCCAGCUCCACUGGCUAUGGCCUUUCUGGGAGCAGCUUGGGAGGUGGAUCUGCUUAUGGAGCAUCUAUUACCAAGUCAUCAUCAGCAUCAACCCACUCAAUGAGAAUCUAUUAAAGAGGUUCCUGUCACUCUGACUUGCAG